GGUAUAUGAUAUUAGAUCACAUUAAUUGUACCUCAGAGAUAAUAGAAGACAAAUACACUGCCAGGUUAAUCACAUGAUACUGAGAGAAAGAAUUUGAAGUGGCUUCUCAUCAUGAUUGCCCUUCAACAUGAUGGCCUCCCACAACAGCCCUGUGUCUAUCAUAUCUGCCCCAGACACAGAGUCAGCAUGAUCUUUGCUCAGAUGUAUAAAGUAGUGUAGAUAUUUGUUUUGCCUCAUUUCUUAAUGUAAUUUGACCUAAAACUAUUGGUUAAGAUGAAGUUCAAGAAUCAGAUUUGCAUAGCAAGAAUUCCUUUUAUGGGCAACUGUUUCAAAAAAUUCUGAAAAGGAAAAGCAUGACUACUUGAAAGGCAUUGAAAUCAGUCAUACAUGCAAAAUUUUCUAACAUAUUCAAGCUGUGGUGCAUUAAUGUGUAUGGAGUCAAAGUACUGAAAGAGUACAGCAAGACAAGAAAGCAUCAUCAUGGUAACUAUCACUCUGGAAAAACUGAGAGAGAUUGAAAGAAAACUUUCAUCAUUACUUUCUCCCUAUGGAUUUGAGUGUCAUCCUUUCAAAAUUGGCUGGUACAAUGAGCAGGUCUCAAAGGCUUUUCUCCUACCACACAAUGAUGAUACAGUGGCAUUCAUCAUCAUCAGCACACCAAGCAUGUUUGAGAAGGCUUUCAUUCCAUAUCUAGCUUCAGCUGACUGCACAAGAACAAAGCAGGACCCCAUUGACCAGUGCAUGAUGCAUUAUUUUGCUGCAAUUAAAGCAGAGUUUGCAGACCUUGAAAUUGAGACUAUUCAUGAUUUUCAAACCACACCAAGUAAGCGACCCAGAGUUUUGGUCCAGACUGCUGGCCACGUUUCUGGGGCAGUGAGAUACUAUCAGCGGAAAGACUUGUUGUCUGAUCCUUGGUGUCCUGAGAGAAAAAUCUUUGGUGUUUGUGUGCACCCUGAAUUUGGAGGAUGGUUUGCUCUCCGAGGUGUUGCUAUCUUCACAACUGUCAACUGUCCAGAGUUGCAAAGAAAAUGCCCAAGGGAAAUACUAACAACAGAAAAUGAAGUGGCAGAACUUUUACGGCGAUACAACGACCAGUGGGAGGACUGGUCUUUUAGAGACAUCAUUGUGCCAAAAAAACGAUACUCAAAGGAGCAGAGGGAAUAUUUUGCUACCAAGCCAGCAGACAGACUACCCCUGAUUGAGAAACUUGUGGCUAGCAACUAAGAAAAUAGCAACCAACUCCCAUAAUUACUUAUUUUACAACAUACGUGCAAUUUGUUUUCAAGCUGGAGAUCAAGAUACAGUAUAGAGUACUACAUAGUUUAUGGAUUGAAAAUCAAUGGUUUGAGUAAGUAAGUCUUGUAUAUGCAAACUCAAAAAUCCCAACCUACAGUGUGAUGAGCUCUAGUUAAAUUCAAACAGAAACAUAUCAUAAAUUUAUUGUUGUGUUUGUACUAGUCAAUCUUGGGUUGAGGACCAGAUGUCACAAUAAGCUAAGCUGUAACUACAAGCUGAAGAGCCCAGUAACCAGUAAAGUGACUGUCCUUGGUCAUUUAACAAAACAUCCCAUCCAGAUUAAGUUGUUAUACUGUUGCUUGUUUUAAAUGUUGUUUCAUUUGAAAGCUUGACUAUAUUGUAUAAGUGAUCUAGUCAUUGAAUGCCACAACCCUUGUGGACACUGAAGAUGAGCAGCUACUGUUGCAGCAGACAGAAUACUAUUGCAUUAUUUUUUCAGAACCUACCAAGAAAUGUAUAGGAUGGAAUCAUACACAUGGGAAUGGUUGUCUUAUUUUUAUUUUGUAUGGGGAUAGUAUGUCUAAUACACAAGUUUUUAUUAUUCAUUUAGUACAAGAGUGGUGAUACAGAAGGCAUGUCAAGAUUAAUGAAAUACAAAAUACAUUGUGAUAGAUCAAUAUUAUGUAGUAAAUAUUAGGGACCACCUAACUUCUUUUGGUGCUUCAAUUAUGUAGGAUUUUGUUGCAUAUCUGCAUAUGUUUGGCUCCUUUUCUAUGUGCAGUUUGAAAAUUUCAUGUUUUCAAAGCUUUAUGAUUAGUCAUAAAUAUUUGACUUUCAUUAUUAUGUAGGUAAUAAUUAUGAUUGGGUGUUAUGAGUUCAAUAAUUUCUUAGAUAUUCAUGUUGGUUAUGAUUAGGAUUUGAUUGCAUUUUUUUAAUUGUAGUUUCAUGAACAUGAAUUAUUUUGCCCAUCCAUCAGACGCAGACCUCAGCACCAGCUGAGGCCAUUGCUAAUACUCUGUGAUAAACUAUAAAGACAUAGGCUUGACACUUGAGAUCAACACCUAGGCAUGGAAAGUGAGGGUAAACUCAUGUUUUAAGAAAGAAAAAUGUUAAAUAUCAACCUCAUAACUUACCUGUGUCUUGGAGCUAGCCAUGUGGUAGCCACCUUGGCUGAUUGCACUAGAGAAAAAUAUAGUGCUGUGGGUGAUGGAGCUGUGACAUGAUAGUGAUAUUAGCUAGGUAUUUAAUAUAUUGGCUUAUUUUUGUAUGUAUAUAACAAUUAUACAACACAUGAGGAACUGAGAAGUAAAAAGUCUUAACCAGCAAUGGAUUAGUUUUGAGAACAAUUAUAUUAAGCAGGGAAACAGUUUCAGCCAUAGUUUGUAACCAAAAUACUAGCUGAAAUUAUACCAUUGGAAAGUUUUGGAACAGAGAAUGUUUAUUUUUUUAUUUUUUUUUAUUUCCUUUAUUUUUCUUAUGUAUGUAUUUUUCAAAAAUACCCUAAAAUACUAAAAAAAAAUUCAAAAUUACCACUCCUACAAAAACUCCACAAAAUUGUUUAAUAUUCAUAUAUAUGAAUAUUAAGAAAUUAUGAAAGUUUCAUGCUUUUAUACAUAAAAGUUAAUUUUUGGUGAAUUUUUGUAAUAUUUUUAUAAAAAUACUUUUGUAAUAAUACUCAUCACCCUUUUCUUUUUUUGGUUUUAGCUGUGUUAACUUGCCAGUUUUCUGGAUUCAUAAUUCUCUUGCAAGAAGUACAAGGCUUAGGAUAAUCACUAUCAGUUUCAAAUGACAAGUCAAAUGAAAAGUCCAUGAUUUCAAGCAAAAUAUACCGAGAGAAUCAAUCCAGCGUGAGUGAUGCAAGUGCAGUAAGACAGCACACGAGUGAUGUAAGUGCGAUGAAACGGCACACACUGGCUGGCAGCUGAGAGCAAUGCAGUGAUUAGCCACCCACCCACCCAGAGUUAAGAUCAUCUGCUACUAAGGUUCAGACUUGAUAUUGAAGAAAAACAUGAGUGAGUAUGCUACUUUGAAUCCAUUGUACUGGGGCCAAAUGGUCGAGUGUCACUUCUCUCCUCCCCACAUUACAGAGGAUGGUAGAAUCUCCAAGAAACCACUGCUAACUAAAAAAAAUAGCAGAUUUGCAGGUUACGACCUUUUACUUGUCAGCUCCUCAAUUGCAAACUCAUUAUUUUCUGCUUUAGAAAUGUAUAUAUUGGAAUUUCCAUGCUGUAUUUGCUAGAUACUGUGUUACAUAUUUGACUCAAGCUCAUGUUACUUGUGAUUUUAUCUCGUGUGCAGCUUAAUUUAAAGGUGGAAACAAUCAUUGCUUGCACCUUUUUUUCAUGUCAUUUCAAGUGUCACUUUCUUGUGAAUCUACAUUAUUAAUCUCUUAAUUCAAGCUUUAUUUAUUAAUGUUGCUUAAACAUCUGGUCUCUUAUUUCUGCCCAUGUCCUAUUCUUAAAAAAUUAUUCUUGCUAUGCAUUAUCCAUUAUAGUUACCACAUUUUCUCACCUUUCUUAUUUUACUCCUUCCUUAUUUCAUUAUCUCCCUAUAUUUCUGUUAUUUGCAGUUCUUUUAGUUCUUUCUUUAACUGUUCUUAUUUUGUUCAAGGUUUUGUGAACAUUAUUAAAUAUAUAUGAAUUAUGCUCGACUUGAUGAAACUUUUACUUAACUUGCUUUGUAAUUUCUUACUUUUGCAUCUGGCCAAUUAAGUUUUCAUAGAUUUCUGUAAAUUGCUUAUUUUUUAAUUUACUUAUCAUUCUUUACUAUGUCAUCUUUUCAGUUUCUUCAUUUUAUUAUUUUAAGUAGUUAAUUUCAUUAAUUAGAUAUGUGGGUGGCCAAGUGUUUUAAAGUCUUUUGCUACUUUGUGACAGCAAACUGUCUCUUCAACCUCUCUCCAUCCAUUCUCAGUGAAAAGUUUGACAAUCCAGCCCUUUGUUCUUUCUUUGACAUGAGUUGUCAAGGCUUCACUCUGUUUUACUUUAGUGUUUUUUGACAAAGCUAUACAUACAAGUCAGUGGGAGUGAGGACAGUGGUGAUGGUAAAGCUGCAGUAGUGGCAUUGUGUGGGUUGGCAGAAAGUCAACUCAGAAGUCAACUUACACAUGCCAGUGCAUUUAUACAGGUAAGCUAAAGGAACAGGUACAGGUGCAUUGGAAUUUAGCAUUUAUAGUCAUGUUGCUGGGCCAGGGUAAAUUAAGUCCUUUCCACUUCAAUGACAUUAUGGCUUUCACCAGUCAUGCUAUUUCCCAUUGAGAUCAAAGACAUUAAACUUUCCCUAUAAUUUAGAUACUACCUACAGUAUAUUAGUUUGUUGUUAUUUUAGUUAGCCACCUGUUUACAUCUCUUGUAAUAACUACAAGAUGUAUAUAUUGCUAGUUUCCACAACCAGAGUAAAUACGAUCAGAAACAUCUGUGAAUGGAAAGUAUGACAAAAUUUACCUGUAUCUGAGUUAUGGUCACACACAAAACAUUGCACUAUGGCUUUCAAAUAAAAUUACAGUUACUUU